AGUACACGAGUGAAUGGCCGGGGAGUUAAGCGUGCCAAUCCUAUUGUAUUAAAUGGCUUGGAAGGGACUGCAGAGGAGAAAAACUCAGAUUAUCUCUGUCCAGUGUGUUUGGAUCUUAUAUCAGAAGCUCACAUGACAAAAUGUGGCACACAUUUUGCCAUAGAUGUUUAGUUAACAGCAUAGAAUCAAAUAAGAGAUGUCCCAAAUGCAGUUAUACUGUUGAAAGUGUUGAUCACAUAUUUCCAAAUCAUACUGUGAACCAGCAAGUGCUGAAGCAACGCCGCAAGGCUGAUCUGCAUGCAGCAUUCACAAAAAAGAACAAUGUGGCAGCCCUCAGUGAACUCAGGAAUAAUCUAAGCUUUGAAACAGCCUCCCUAGGACUAAGUGACAUUACACAUAUAAUAAGUAUAUUACAAGAAAAGAAAGAGCAGUUAGAAGCAGCAUCGUUGCAAAAUAAGUUUUUAUUAAUGAAAGACUUCUUAUUUACUCUUAAAAAACAGAAGGAAGAACAGAUAUCUUCUAUAAGCAGAGAAUUAAAACUAAUAUCACAUGAUCUUUCAUGUGUAGAGACCAAUCUUGACCCUUCAUCUCCUUUCAAAAGUUUAUCCAGCACAUUAUCCCAGGGAGGAAGUGUUUCAAAUUCAAGUGGUAUUUUCCUUACUGAUGGAGAAUCCCCUGGAACAUGUAAUGGCCCCCAAGAACCUCAAAGUCCUUCAGAGGAAGGCUUUAAUGUUCCCCUGUUCACCCAGGCCUGCCCAGAGAGUUCCACAGUUCAUGCUAAACGGAAGAGGAUGCAUCUCCACUUUGAGGAGCUGGUGGAGAGGUACUUCAGCAUGCGGAUCCCUGGCUUCAGUGACUCUGGCAUGGAUGAGGAGGAGGAUCAAGGGCUUGACCAGUUUGGGGAAUGCAUAUCCAGAUUUACUCAGUACAGUGCCAUGCGUCCGUUAGCCACAAUCAAUUACAACUGCGACAUGUUUAACCAGUCCAGUAAUAUUGCUUCCAGUAUUGAAUUUGACAAAGACAGUGAGUAUUUUGCUGUUGCUGGACUCACUAAGAAAAUUCGCAUCUUUGACUACGGCACAGUGAUCAGAGACACUGUAGAUUUACAUUAUCCAUGUUCUGAAAUGAUCUGCAGCUCAAAAAUUAGUUGUGUGAGCUGGAGCAACUAUAUGAAAAACUUCUUAGCUAGUAGUGACUAUGACGGUACAGUGACAGUGUGGGAUGCCUUCACUGCCCAGAGACUCCACGUCUUCCAAGAACAUGAAAAAAGGUGUUGGAAUGUAGAUUUUAAUAAGAUGGACACCAAACUGAUAGCCUCAGGUAGCGAUGACCACAAAGUGAAGCUGUGGUCGCUGGACAAUGAGAGAUCCAUCACAUCGUUGGAAGCCAAAGCAAAUGUAUGUUGUGUGCAAUUCAAUCCCUCCAGCAGAUACCACCUUGCGUUUGGGUCGGCUGAUCACUGCGUGCACUACUACGACCUCCGCAACAUGAAAGAGGAAGUGAGAGUGUUCAAGGGUCACCGGAAAGCUGUGUCGUAUGUUAAGUUUGUGUCGAGUGAGGACAUUGUUUCAGCCUCGACGGACAGUCUGUUGAAGAUUUGGAACGUCAACAAAUCUCACUGUGUGCGUUCCCUUCAAGGACACAUAAAUGAGAGAAACUUUGUUGGUUUAGCCACUGAUGGAGAAUAUGUGGCUUGUGGGUCUGAAAACAACUCACUGUAUGUGUAUUAUAAAGGUAUGUCAAAGAAGUUGUUUAGUUUAAAAUUUGAUCAGAAGAAGUGGGUUCUUGAUCAGGAACAAAAAGAGGAGGAAUCCACAGAGUUUGUUUCUGCCGUGUGCUGGAGGAGAGGGUCUAACAUUAUAGCGGCAGGGAACAGCAAGGGUAUAAUAAAGAUAUUGCAGAUGGUAUAAUGAAAACUUUAACUAUUUCAAUGGUAGCUUCAUAUUUAUGAGAUAGCAUUUAGUAUGCAGGUGUGCUUUUAAUGUAGAGUGUAUUUGGGUAUUUGUACAAAUUAGUAUGUGAUAUGUGUAGUUUUACUGGAAAAAUUAAGUGUUUGAAGUUGAUACAGGUUUUUAAUGAUUUAUUCAUCAGGUUGUCCUGAUAAGGUUUCUUGUCCAGUUGUGCACUGAACUCUUCCAUAAUGCUUUGUUUUAAGUUGUAGUUUUCUUUUAGUGUUGAAAUGAUAACUUUAUUAAUCACAGGCUAAGUAUGUUACAGAUGAAUUACAUUUAUUAUUUUGAUUAUUGAGAUCACAUAUUACACUGCGUGACGUGAUCAAUAAACACGAUGUACAGGAUCCACAUGACAGUGUAGUGUUGGGGAGAGUGUUUCCAUCUUGUUAUUGUCCUCUACACUUCCUUUCAUCUAAGCAACCCUUCAUCUUAUUACUACCCCUUCUAGCAGUCUGUAUUUUUUUUUUUUUUUUUUUUUUUUUAUUAUUAUUAUUAUUAUUAUUUAUUUAUUUAUUUUCCUGUAAAGCUUUUGACUUGAAAUAUAUAACUUAUUAAUAUUUAAAGUUUGAUGGUAAAAGUGAGGUGCCUUUCCAAGUGUGUAAACUCCCAACUUCACUGAUACACUCCAAACAACAUCAAAGUAGAUCCUUGGUGACGUCUGCCAUCAAUGUGCCAUCAUCACUUUACAUGUCUGCCAAUACUUUCUUUUCCUCUUGUUUUAGGUAACUGUGGAACUGCUUAACUACACUAUCCUUCUUUAAUUACUUCAUUUGCAUUAUACAUAACAAAUGGCAGGAUACUUAUUACUAUUGGCUCAUCCUUACCUUAACUUCUAAGUUGUACCUCCUGAAUCAUUGGUGUAACACCUCUGUAAUAAUUAAUCCAUCUUAUGUAACUUAUUUUCAUUCUGCCAGAGCUGCAUAUUGUCUUCAGCUUCCCCACCAGUCUCUCAGCCCGUUGGUAAAUGCUGUCAUACUUUCAUACCAUCCUUUCACAGUUUGAGUAUCUGAAUUUGUCUUACUGGUGAUCAAAGUUUCAGACAUCCAAAUUGCUAUUCAGUCUUUGUUUCCUCCCUGAUGUACACAACAGCUAUAACUCUAUACUAGUUCAGUUUGUUUUCAUAUUAAGCACUCUUUUGACUAAUUAUUAUUAUUAUCAGUUUUUUUUAUUUCCUUUUAUUUCCUGCUGUUCAGUGGUUUCUCUCUUUAGUUCUAUUUGCAGCCAAUGUUGUUAUCUGUGUGGGCUCUCACC